AUGAAGAUCCACCUGUCCUCCCCGUUGAUCCUUUUCCUUCUUCCCGCCCUUUCUGCAGCGGUAGACAUCACACCGAGCAGCAGACCGAGCCCUUCUGCCUCACGAGGCUCUUAUGACCUUACCUCGCGCUACGUGGAUCCUGACUCGUUUUCCAACAAUGCCGCCAAAGGAGCGCAGGACGUCCCGGUGGACGGACAAGACGGAAGGCCGCACGCAGGCCCGUGGGUAGAAACCGGCGCAGAGCGAGACCGAAAGAGUGCCAAAGGCAGUGAUGAUAUUGACCUGGUAUCGACGAAAUACGACUCCAAAUUCCCGUCGUCGGAGCACCUCAGCACUGAAGAAGGGAAAAUGAUCCCACAUUCCAACGGCGGUGUGAUGGACGACCCCAACCGUGCGGGUCCAAGAGAAGGUACCCGGGGUACCGAGGGUGGUGUUUCCGAGAAAAAGAAGGAGAACCAAUACAAUGCGGAAAAGGUGCCCGGUGGCCCCAAGGAGGCUCCUCCCCUGCCGCAUAGUGAGGAGAAGAAGCUGCCAUCGAACAGCGACAGUGCAACUGGGACUGACGGUCGCACUGCUGAAGACGCCCGAACUUUGGGCAUGCUGGAAAAACCCGCCGAUCUCCCUCAAAAGCCACAUGAUAUUCCCCAUCCCAAGUCGCCUUCCCAGGCCAAAGCCGACCCUCUCGCCAUUGAGCAUGGUUCGGUUGGCUCAAGCUCGGGCUCGCAUCCCGGCUCAUCGAGUACCCACGGACAAGGCACAACCACGAUGGAAGCCAGCGACGGACUCCACUCCCUCCUCUUUUCGUUCACCAUGAUCAUUGUCUCCGAGAUUGGCGACAAGACCUUCCUCGUUGCAGCACUCAUGGCUAUGCGACACCCCCGCCUCGUUGUGUUUACCUCCGCUUUCUCUGCUCUGGCUGUCAUGACCGUUCUGUCCGCCAUUCUGGGCCAUGCUGUUCCGACGCUGAUCCCCAAGUCUGUCACCAAAUUCAUGGCCGCUAUCCUGUUCUUAAUCUUCGGUGCAAAGAUGUUCAAGGAAGGUCGCGAGAUGUCACCCGACGAGGGCGUUGGAGAGGAGAUGCGCGAGGUCGAACAAGAGCUGGAGGAAAAGGAACAGGAGCAGCUGCGCUUGGGCCGUCGCCGCUCCUCCGUCACUCCCCACAACUUGGAAGCUGGCCGUGUUGGAGGUCGUCCCAAGUCACGCGGCUCGGCUAACCGUCUGCCUUCACCCCCUGAGAGCAUCUCCUCAUCCUCCUCGCGUGGCUCGUCGCCCCGUCCCCAGCAGCGCUGGAACGAUCUCAUGGUCGGCGUCAGCAAUCUUUUCUCACUUCUUCUCAGCCCCGCAUGGGUGCAGACGUUCGCCAUGACCUUCCUCGGUGAAUGGGGUGACCGCAGUCAAAUCGCCACCAUCGCCAUGGCUGCCGGUCAGGAUUACUGGUGGGUGACGAUUGGAGCGACCAUCGGCCACGGCAUCUGUACUGCCGCUGCCGUCAUCGGCGGACGUGCCAUCGCUGGUCGUGUCAGCAUGCGUGUUGUCACACUUGGUGGUGCAACGGCAUUCCUCUUGUUCGGCAUUAUCUAUCUGAUUGAAGGUCUUCUUUAG